AUGAAGCUCACGGAGAAGAUCGCGAGAUAUGACAAGGAUCGCCCCUGGUUCAGCUUUGAGUUCUUUCCGCCCAAGACAGAUCAGGGAUUUGAGAAUCUGCUCAUAACAUGGGGUGCUGGUGGAAAUACAAAAGAGAGGAGUCUCGAGCUUGCAGGGAUAACUCAAUCAGACCAUGGUGUCGACACUGUUCUCCAUCUGACAUGUACCAACAUGAAGCAGGGCUUGAUUGAAGAUGCAUUGCGCGACGCAAAGGCACGUGGGAUCGAGACAGUUCUAGCUCUGCGAGGAGAUCCUCCCCGUGGUCAAGAACACUGGAUACCUACGGACCCACGCUUCACGCAUGCCGUAGACCUUGUUCGUUUCAUCAAGUCCACGCCGGAAUUUGCGUCCGAUUUCUGCGUCGGCGUGGCAGCUUAUCCGGACGGACAUCCCGAUAAGGAGACCAGCGAGGAAGGAGAGCUAGACUUCCUGAAGCAGAAGAUCGACGCUGGCGGUGAUUUCAUUAUCACACAAAUGUUCUACGACGUCGAUGGCUUUUUAUCCUGGGUCAAGAAAGUGCGGGCGAAAGGUAUCACAGCACCUAUCAUCCCGGGCAUCAUGCCCAUUCAAACGUAUGCAUCCUUUCUGCGCAUGACCAAAUUAUGUGGGGCGCGGGUACCUCCGGAGCUCAUGGCUGAUCUUGUUUCAAUACGAAACGACGACCAGAAAGUCAAAGAUUAUGGCGUUGACCUCGCUGUCAAGAUGAUUCGACAGAUAACCGCCAGCGGUGACAUCCGUGGAUUGCUCUUCUGCACGCUCAAUCUGGAGAAGAGCGUUGUUCGCAUCCUGGAGCAUCUCCGCUGGGUUGGUGGAAGUUCGAAACCUGCAAAUUACCUCAUUGCGGAUACGCUGGUGGGACCGGAUGAACGUUCUAUUACUCCUCAUCACGCAGCAGAUUCUGCAGCAGUCUCCCUCGCUGUGGCAGGCCCACAGCCUGAGGGCGAGGCUGGCAAGGGCGAACUGAACAAUGCCGUCAGCUGGGACGACUUCCCAAAUGGUCGUUUCGGAGACUACAAGAGUCCCGCCUACGGUGAGACUGAUCUCUGGGGAAGCUCGUUCCUAUCUCGCAACCAAGCACUCGAGCAGUGGGGUAAUCCUCGAACGCUUGAGGACCUCACGACCAUGUUUCUCCACCACCUCCAUUCCAAGAUUGCUACGACACCAUUUUCUUCUACCCCCCUCUCUCCCGAGUCCCUCAUGAUCAUUGAACAUCUCGAACGGCUGACAAGGCAUGGUUGGUGGACCGUUGGCUCGCAGCCUGCGAUCAACGGCGCGAGCUCGGCGGAUGAGGUAGUGGGCUGGGGCCCGCGAGGUGGAUAUGUGUAUCAAAAGUGCUUCGUAGAAUGCUUUGUCGAGCAGAAGGAUCUUGAGAGGAUUGAGCGCAAGGUCAGAGAGAAGGGUGAAGGGUGGGUUGGUUACUACGCGGGGAACGUUACGGGUGAACUGCACACUACGGUGUCACAAGAAGGCAGGAAUGCCGUUACAUGGGGUAUCUUCCCCGGGAAAGAGGUCGCUCAAACGACAAUAAUCGAGGAAGAAUCGUUCCUCUCCUGGAAGGACGAGACCUUCGCCAUCUGGGAAGAAUGGGCGUCGUUUUUUCCUCCGGACUCCGACGAACGCAAGCUCUUGGACAGUGUGCGGAAUGAGCGGUGGUUAUUGACACUCAUUCAUCACGAUUAUUCGGAUCCCUCUGCUCUGUGGUCAUUCCUGUUCAAAGAUGAUCCUGUCUUCUAG